AUGUUAUCUCUGCUGCCACAGGCAAUGGGUGCUGGGGGCAGGUGGUUUGGCAGUGCCAACGGCGGACGUAGCAGAAAGUCAAAAGGUACAACCACCCCUACGACUACUUCGUCGACAACUACUACCUCAACGACCACGACGACGACGACAACAACACCGAAACCAACAACCAGUAGUACAACUACGACUACAACAACAACUCCUACACCCACCACAACAACUGCCUCCACAACUACAACAGCUGCCACAACAAAGUCCGAGGGCAAAAAUGAUGGAACUGCUGCCUUCAUUAAAACCGAUGCUGUUGUUAACAUUGAGGCUGCCUAUCCCGCCUUUAAUCGCAAGGUGUACACCAAUCAUUUUAACAUCAACUAUAAUCGUCCUGUAUAUCCCUACCCUGAAUAUUCCAUCUACAAACCACCAAGUAAUAUAAAUGAGGAUAAUAAGUCAGGAGCAUCACCCAGUCCCACCGUUGCAGCUGCCAAUGUGGAAUUUGUACCUUGUAUGUGUCCCGUCAAUAUACAAAAUGGUUUUCCAAUGGCUGGCAUGCCCAUAGCCGGAAAUCCAUCAAAUUCCAUCUUCUUAGCUCAGGGUAGAACAAACCCUGAGGUGGAAGCUUCAAUGGAACUGCCAUCAUCGGAGGUGCCGGAAUCUAGUGGUAGUGGCGAUGUUGCGACAGAAGCUGAAUUGCCGCUGACAAAUUUCGUCGAAGAUUUACAAAUGGUCAAUAUGGAUGAUGGCGAAGAUGCAGAAGAAGUGACACAAAGUAUUGCGGCUUCGUGA